CGGAAGGGAGAGUCCUAAAGUGUGUUCUUUGGAUCUAUUUUGUUCCUCCGCCCUCCUCCCUCCAGCUCGCCGCCGCCGGCAAGAGCGUCGCAUCCGCCGGCGCCAUCGCCAUCGCCAUCGCCUGUAGAAGCGCAGAAGCGCAAGAUCCGAAUGGCGUUCGAGAAGAUCAAGGUGGAGAAUCCCAUCGUGGAGAUGGACGGAGAUGAGAUGACCCGGAUCAUCUGGCAAAUGAUCAAGGACAAGCUCAUUUUUCCAUUCCUUGAUUUGGAUAUUAAAUACUUUGACUUGGGCCUUCCACGUCGUGACGAAACUGAUGACAAAGUCACAGUUGAGAGUGCCGAAGCAACCCUCAAGUACAAUGUUGCGAUCAAGUGUGCAACGAUCACGCCAGACGAAGCUCGAGUCAAGGAAUUCGGCCUCAAGGCAAUGUGGAAAAGUCCCAAUGGGACAAUUCGUAACAUUUUGAACGGGACUGUUUUUAGAGAGCCGAUUGUCUGCAAGAACGUCCCGAGGCUUGUUCCAGGGUGGACGAAACCAAUUUGCAUUGGAAGGCAUGCUUUUGGAGACCAGUAUCGUGCCACCGAUACAGUUAUCAAGGGCUCUGGAAAGCUUAAGCUGGUUUUUGUGCCUGAGAAUGGAGAGGCCUCUGAAUUCGAGGUUUACGACUUCAAGGGAGAUGGAGGAGUCGCUCUUUCUAUGUACAACACUGAUGAGUCCAUUCGUUCCUUUGCACAAGCCUCUAUGACUACUGCUCUGGCAAAGAAGUGGCCUCUAUACUUGAGCACCAAAAACACGAUUUUGAAGAAGUACGAUGGCAGGUUUAAGGAUAUCUUCCAAGAGGUCUACGAGGCGGAGUGGAAGAGCAAGUUUGAGGAAGCUGGCAUCUGGUACGAGCAUCGCCUGAUUGACGAUAUGGUUGCUUAUGCUCUCAAGAGCGAUGGUGGAUAUGUCUGGGCAUGCAAAAACUACGAUGGUGAUGUGCAGAGCGACUUUUUGGCACAAGGAUUUGGUUCCCUUGGAUUGAUGACUUCUGUGCUGGUCUGCCCCGAUGGAAAGACCAUUGAAGCCGAAGCCGCUCAUGGGACUGUAACUCGGCACUACAGAGUACACCAGAAAGGCGGUGAAACCAGCACCAACAGCAUCGCCUCCAUCUUUGCCUGGUCUCGAGGCCUUUCUCACAGGGCGACACUGGAUGGCAAUGCGCGGCUAAGCGACUACGCAGAGAAGCUCGAGGCGGCUUGCGUAGGAAUCGUUGAGUCUGGCAAAAUGACAAAGGAUCUCGCUCUGCUCAUCCACGGGCCAAAGGUGACAAAGAAAGAUUAUCUUAACACCGAGGAGUUUAUCGAUGCCGUGGCUGCCGAUCUUAAGCUCAGGCUGACAACCGCGCCGUCCAAAUUGUAAAGCCGGCUCCCGAUUUCUCAGGAAGCGUGAGCAAACACGGCUGGAAAUUCUAAUUUUUUUACGAUCCAUCCGGACAAUUUCCCUCAAAUAAUAUAAACUUAAAAUAAUUAUUAACAAGGACAUUUGUUUCCGGGCUAA